AUGUUCUACUCGGAGACCCUUCUCUCCAAGACGGGGCCGCUGGCCCGCGUCUGGCUCUCAGCCAACAUUGAGCGGAAGCUCUCCAAGACACACAUCCUGCAGUCGAACCUGCAGGACAGCGUGGAGGCCAUCAUUACGCCCAGCCAGGCGCCCAUGGCCCUGCGACUGAGCGGCCAGCUGCUGCUUGGUGUCGUCCGCAUCUACAGCCGCAAGGCCCGUUAUCUGCUGGACGACUGCAACGAGGCGCUGAUGAAGAUCAAGAUGGCCUUCCGGUCCAGCGGCAACAACGAUCUGCCCGCCAACCAGCAGAGCUCCAACCGGGAGUCGCUGCUGCUCCCCGACCGCAUCACACCCUACGACAACCUGGACCUGCUGCCCCGGCCGGACCCGGACUUUUUCCUCUCGCAGACAGUUGAGGAGUUCACGGCUACGCCGUCUAGUAGCCGGCGGGCCGGCCGCGGCAACAACCGCGACAUCAAUCUGCAGGAGGACUACAACAACAGCCAGUUCCUCGAGGACGCCUUCAACAAGGACGACGACCUCGCCAUCGCAGGCAAGGACGACCUGGAGCUGGACCUGGACUUUGGCCUCGACCUGGGCGACCCGCUGCAUGGUGCCGCCGGCGACGCGAGCAUCGAGAUGGGUCGAGACGCGCCGGCACCCCAGCCGUUUGAGGAUGACGACAUGUUCGACUUUGACCUGGAGCCGCGCGGCAAAGACGGCCCGACCGGCGACCUGACGCUCGGUGACGGCGUCCGCAUUGCCGACGAUGACGGUGACAUCCGCAUGGACGGCGACGACAUGCAGUUCAACCUGGGCGAAGCAUCUGUGAUGCCGGGCGCCGCCGGACUUGAGAUGGACAUGUCGCGGGCGCGCAUCUCCGAGUCGCCGCUGUCGGACGUCAACGAUGACGAUGUGCGCCAGGGCGAGCUUGAGUUCUCGCGUCACAACGGCCUCGACAUGUACGACGCCGGCGACAGUCAGGGCCAGCAGGUGUCGCGGCGUGCACCCCAGCGCAUCAAGCGCAUGAAGGUGCUCGAAUCCGACGCCGAGACCAUGCUGGCAUCCAACGUGAUUCGCGACCAGCAGUCCAACCGCGACGGCAUCCUGAAGCCGCAGUCGUUCCUGCCCCAGGACGCUUAUGUUCUGGCCCUGAUGGAGAUGCGUAAGGCCAACGGCUUCGUGUCCAAUAUUCUGCUGGGCAGCCGCAGCGCGGCCUGGGCCCCCGAGCUGCGCGGCCUGCUGUCCUACGAGGCCAUCCACGGCGCCAACGAGCUCAAGCGGAAGCGCGACAGCGGCAUCGCCGACAUGGACAGCGACCAGGACCUGUCGCACUACAAGUCGCCGCGUCUGGACCUGGGCGCCGCCGACGACGACGACCACCUGGGCUUUGAGCCGAGCCUCGGCGGCGGUGCCGACCUGGGCAACCAGUCAGCCGUCCUGGGGCCGGACGGCACCAUGCUGGAGAUUCCGGGAGCCGGCUUUGACGACGAGACCAGCGCCGGCGGCGGCGACAUGAACGUGUCGUCUAUGAGCAGGCACGCGUCAUCUGCAGCAGCAGCAGCUGCUGCUGCUACCUCGGCCGACGGACCGCUGCUGUCGCUCGGCACCAAGCAUGCGGUGCACAUUCUCCGCGACAUCUUCAGCCAAGAAGCCGAGGGCGCCAGUCCCGGCAGCGGCAGCAGCAGCAGCCACCGACGGAAGAAGACGACGGCGGUGCUGCAGCAGGUGCUGCCCGAAGGCCGGACAACCAAGGCGGAUGCGACGCGCAUGUUUUUUGAGUGCCUCGUGCUCGCGACCAAGGACGCCAUCAAGAUCGAGCAGGCCAGCGACGCGCUCGGCGGGCCGAUCCGGCUGCAGAGCAAGAGCGCGCUGUGGGGCUCGUGGGCCGAGCGCGAGGACGCUGGCGAGACCGAGAUCGAGGACGCCGGUGAAGAGCAGGAGGGCGCCGUGCUGGCGAGUGGCCCGGCCAUGGUGUCAGCGCAGGCAUGA